AUGAGAUUAUCCCUUCUAGCCCCAUUACUUGCUCUUGCAUCCGCUGUCUUUGCAGAGGAACCUGUUGCGAAUGCAGCGGACGCUGUUGUUGACGGCGUUGCAGAAGAUGUCGAGAUUGUCACCGAUCCAAACUUUGUUCCAACUCCAGAGAAGCCUUUCAAUUUCAGGAUUGACUACAACGUCGCAUUCAAGGAAGAUCCUAACGGGAACAUUGAAGACUUUGUCAAUGGCGAGACAGUCGAACUUCUAUUUGAAUUCCAUUCUCUAGAACCGGCACCAGUCACAAUUGUUGGUGUUGGUGGCCAGCUUCUUGAUCCGGUCACUGGUGAGGUGAAGGCCAACAUCACCGCGUCCCAGCUCGGUCCAAUCGAGGUUGCAAAUAACCAGAAUGCAAACUUCACCCAAAGAGUUGGUAUCAACAUGGAGGCAGCAGAUUAUUUGCUUGUUCCUGCAAUUUACGUUGUUUACCAAGACCAGUUCAUGAUGCUCGGCUCCAAGAACAAGAUUGUCACAGUCGUCGAGCCAAGCAUCUCAAUCUUCAAUCCCCAAUUGAUCAUGUCUGAGUUGAUUUUGCUUGUCUCAUUUGCUGGUAUUGUUUAUGCUCUAUUUAAUGUAUUUGGCGCCCAAUAUUUGAAUGGUAUUCUCCCUGAAUCCCUUCUACCAAAGGACAAGAAGAAGAAGGCCAAGAAGGCUAAGAAGGAUUCUCCAGUGGAAGCGUCUGCUACCUCUGUCGAAUCUUGGUUACCUGAACAACACAGAAAACUGACCAAGAAGGGUAAGAAGAAGUUGUAG